AUGACUAUCUCAUCGUUCCAAGUCAACUGCCCUCUACCAGAUAAUAUUACCAAUUAUGUGUCGGGUCCCGAUACAAGAGGAACGCUGGACAUUCUCUGGAGUUCUAUUAGCAUCCUUCUACUCUGCACCUGGUCCGUUCAACACCUCAGUGUUCCGCUACAAUUCCUUCCCCUGUCUCGCGAGGAUGGAAAACACAAGCGACAAUGGUGGAAGUUUCGACUUGCCGAUCACCAGGAGAUGAACCGCAAGAUCUAUCUCUUCUUUCGCAAAUUCAAAUGGCUAACGGUCAAUAUGAUCGUACCCGAGUUUAUCCUUGCUCUGGCACUUUCAGAUUGGGUUCUUGCCAAAAAGUACUUGGCAGAAUUUGAACCUUGGGCUAAGCAUGAUGGUGUUGAAUGGUCGCUGGCCCAUACAUAUUUUGCCAAUAUGGGAGGUUUUCUGAUUCGCUUUAGAGACGACGGUAAGGAUCAUGAUGUGUCAGAGGAACAAACCUCCGAAACAUCUGAAGGACAGUCAGAGAUAAGGGUGAGCGGGGUGUCUGUCGAGCAGGAUGUUGAAGCUGGUGUGCGGAUGAGCCGCAGAAGCAGCAUAGAGACGGACAACAUCACACUCCAGAGCGAAUCGCAGGUGACAGCAAUCGAACCAGAUGUCCCACAUGUUAUAGUAUGCCCGAAAAACAAUUCCCCGGCGUCUGAAAGAUCUCAUUCGUCCAAUACAACUUCUGAAGAAGGAGCCCACCAAAAAGAGCGAGGUGAUCUUAUCAGCUACCUGAACAGCUCGAGGCUUUGGAUCGAUCAACACGAAAAGAAUAUGGUUCUGUGGCAGAGGUAUCUUGGACUCGAUUGGCAGGUUGAUGAACAGAAUCAAAAGGCCAUGCGACUCGCUAUGCAGGGGGAUAACUCAGAGCACUCGGGAGAACGGUUGCUACUAUGGUACUCCAAUAUCCGAGUACUUCAAGGCACCGUCUGGUAUGUCGACGCUCCGCAACUGCUCCUCGCGCGCGAGAUUGGCUUGAUCAAUAAGCUCCCCGUACUUUCUACUGCUCAGCUCGAUGACCAGAACAAAGACAGUUUCCUGGUGCGAUCAAUCGCUCUAGCACAGGUCUUGUGGCUCGUCAUAGAAGUGAUAGUCCGACACACUCAAGGACUACCAGUGGCACAAGUCGAAGUCGUUACGCUCGCAUUUUCCGCCUGUUCCUUAUUUACCUAUUUGCUGCUGUGGAACAAGCCGCAGGACGUGCAAGUGGCCACUGAAACCACUGCUGCCCGUCGACCAGAGGUCCAUGAAAUCAAAUCAAUAGCUGCAGCUGCCCCUGCAACCUUUGGCCCAUAUCGAAACAUGCCUUUCAUGGCAGGAAAUGCGAUCCACAACCACGGCGAGAUAGAAUAUGGCUUCCAGACUGGUCUAAUACUAGGCGGGACCCUUUUCGGUGGGCUCCAUUGUCUUUCUUGGAACUCGCACUUUCCAACGUCCGCGGAACGGAUCUUGUGGAGGGUUUGCUGUCUCAUCGUCACAGCAGGUCCCACUAUGAUUGGCUUGGUUUGGAAUGGUCUAGCUGCUUUACUCCGCUUGUUGCCUCGGAUGGCAUCGAAAUGGCGCCAUGUGGCCAUUUCGGUCUUUGCCCACAUUUGUGCCUUGAUGUACCUUGCGGCACGAGUAUAUCUGACUGUUGAAAUGCUGCGUGCGCUAGCGUUUUCACCGCCAGAUACCUUUCUCCAAGUCGACUGGUCUCGAUACUUGCCUCAUUGGAUGUGA